GAUAAUGAAACGAAUGCCUGCAUCCUGUCAAACGCAACAGUCCCUACGCAGCUGUCACUCGGUGCGGAACGAAAUCCACUCUCACGUAAGCAAAUCGAGCGAUCGCAGCCCAACAAGAAUGGUAGCUUGCGGUCAGGUGCUGGCGUGCUGGACGCUACUAGCGUUGUUCGCCGGGGCCAACGCCGAUCCGGCCCGGUACGACCACUUCCGGCUGUACCGGCUGCUGAUCGAAACGCCGGCGCAGGUUGAGAUGCUGCAGCAGCUCGAGAAGCAAAGCGAUAGCUACGCGUUCAUGGGCCAUGCGCGGCAGCCGAACCAAAACCUCACGAUAAUGGUGGCGCCGCACAAAAUUGCCGAAAUUACCGAGCUGCUGCAGCGAUACGAGCUGCAGGGCAGCAUACUGCUCUACAAUAUGCAGGAAUUGAUCGAUCGGGAAAAGGCAACAAUCAAACCGAAAGGCACAAGGCCGGAAGAGUUUGGCUGGCAGUUCUACCAUCACCUGGACACGAUCAACGAAUGGCUUCGAUGGCAGGCAGGGCGCCAUCCGGAGCUGCAGCUGCUAGAGCUGGGGGCGAGCUACGAGAAUCGGUCGCUGUAUGGUGUGAAGCUGGGCACGAACCCGGCAAACAGUGGCGUCUUCGUCGAGUGCGGCAUACACGCCCGGGAAUGGAUCUCGCCGGCGAGCUGCACGUUCGUGCUGAACGAGCUGCUCACCUCCGACCGGCCGGACGUGCGCCGACUGGUGGACCGCUUCAACUGGAUCAUCUUUCCGGUGGUCAACCCGGACGGCUACCGGUACACGUUCGAGGGCGACCGGCUGUGGCGCAAAAACACGCAACCGUACGGGGUGUGCCGGGGCGUCGAUCUGAACCGCAACUUUGCCAGCGACUGGAACGGGCCGGGUGCGAGCAGCGACCCCUGUCGGUACGACUUUGCUGGUGGCAGUGCGGCGAGCGAGCCGGAAACGCGCGCACUGGUGGAGUUUUUGGAGCGGCACGUGGCGCAGUGGAGCAUCCGGACGUACUUUUCGGUGCACUCGUUCUCGCAGCUGGUCAUGUUCCCGUACGGCUACAAGAUGGACCGGGUGCCGAACUACGACGAUCUGGUGGCGAUCGGGCGGAAAGGUGUGGACGCGAUCCAGCGUGCGCACGGCGCCCGGUACGUGUCCGGCGCGAUGAUAGAAACGAUCUACCCCUCGUCCGGGGACAGCGUGGACUGGGUGUAUAGUGCGCUGGGCGUACCGGUCGCGUACACGUUCGAGCUGCGCGGACCCCCGGACAGUACCAAUAUGUUCGUGUUGCCGGCGGAGGAAAUCAUCCCGACCGCGGAAGAACUAUUGGCCGCGUUCGUUGCGAUGCUUGGCGAGGCGACCCGGUUAGGCUAUUAUGACGGUGAGCGGCAGGAACUGUAGAUGGGGAAUGGUGGAGAGAAUUAGGUGGCGCAGGUGGAAUGGAAUGUAGCAAAAGCUUAGUGUACGGUGGAGCGGCGGUAUGCCAUGAUUUAUGAGGGCUUAUUUUACUUACUUAUCAGGUUCGGCAAACAAUUCGUUCGGCUGCAGUGUGUUCGUCAGCUAAAUAAGAAAUGCCCGUGGUCCAAGA